UUGACUUUAACUUCUGUCGUAAUUUAAAAAUUAUGAUAAUUGUUUUAAAUUCAAUAAAUCAUCAUGAAAGUUGAUAAAUUCCGCUGAUUUAAAUGUUUACUGAGAUAAAUUUACACUUCACUAGCUGACUUAUAUAAAAACAAUAACAAUAUGAAUCUUUGACUUUAAAAAGAAAUGAACAGAAUUUAAAGCGCUCACAUAUUGUAUCUAAAGCCAAGCAAAUAAUAAUGUCUCAGGGAAGAUUUUAUGUUGUGUUUCUCUUAUGCAUCUUACUGUUUUGGUGCUUUCCUUUAAUAUGGAAUUUCACAUAUUUUAUUUUAUUUAGUACCACACUUAUUGUGACUAUUUUUACGUUUACUUUUUUUGGACAUAUUUCACUGUCGUCACCUCACCAAACAUCGCUAUUUUUAUUUAAUAGUUUAGAAAAAAAAUCUCGUGUAUUAGAAAGUGCAUUAAAAGAUGAAAAAAAUGCUUGGAGUUUUAACAAUAAAAAGCCACAUUUACCAAUUAUAUUUGGACGUACAGUGGAUAGUCAGCUGCAACAGUUACUUGACUAUUUUUUAAGAGAUUUUGUUACUCAAUGGAUAAAGGAGCUGACUCAUAAGCCGGAACCAAUAAUUGAAAAGUUUAAGGAGCAUCUUUGGGGUGCUAUUCAAAAUAUAUAUGACAGAUUGUUAAGAAUAGAUGCUGAGAAAUUGUUAGCCAAUGACAUGGUCACAAAAGUAACACAACACUUUGAGAGAAUAAGGAUUUCUACAAGUUGUGCAAUAGAACUUAAUCAACCUCCAGUGUUUGCUUUAAUGCCACAUUUGAUGUCUUUGGAUACAGAAUUACACUAUUUACGACAGAUCAGUGAAAUGUUGAUUAUAUAUUUGAUGCCACGCUGUUACUCUUUGACACCAGGUUCACAUCUACUCCGAGAAGUACUGGCUUGUAAAAUUCUGCAACCAGCUAUCGACAUUGUCACUGACCCAGAUUAUAUAAACCAAAAGAUAAUACAAUAUCUGGAGGCUCAAAAAGAAGUGGAUGCAAUGCAUGUGAGGACCCACGAAUAUGCUAAGACAUUUGAGGAUUAUAUUCGCCUAAUAAAUAGCUGUAAUAAUGUAGACACACUCAAGCGCUUACGAUAUGACAUAGUGACUCAAAUUAUGCAAGCGACCACAUUGCAAAAUAUCAAGCGGGCAAAAGGCGUAGAUAUCGAGGUGAUCGAGAAGAGUGGCAACUUGAACAAUGUCAGUCGACAGCAAGUGGCAGAUGCAAGGAAGCUAAAGAGAUACAUAGAUCAGUUAUGUAUCGCAAAGGCCGACUGCGAAGCCGCUCUGAGAAGGCACGGGUGGGAUGGAGCCUUGCCUGUACUCGAGUCUGACGUCAACACAAUGCCGUUGCAUAAGAUCAUGGAGAGCGUCGCCGGAAGAAGGUAUCUGUCGAUGUUCUUAGAGACUCUGUGUUCCCAAGGUCUGGUGGGCUUUUGGUCUGCCGUCGAAGAGCUGCGGCACAGCCACAGGCAGAACUGGCACCAGCUGGGCGCCGAGAUCUUCUACACCUACAUCAGGUCGCCCACGGCCGAGAUCAAAGUCGAUAAGGAGACCAGAAAGAGGAUGGAAUCCUUCCUCCUCGGGGACACGGGACCGGAAGUGUUCUACGAGGUGCAGGACUCGGUGGUGGACACGAUUCAAGACAAGUACUACCACUCGUUCCUGCUCAGCGACCACUAUAGCGCUCUCCUCGCCGAGCUGGCCACGGAGGAGGACAAGGACUCGGGCGCGGUGGCCACCGGAGCCGAAGAGCGCGACGGAGGCGAAGGGCUCUCGCCGGGGGCCGCAGGGACAGAGGGAGGCGCGGGGGCCCAUCUCGCGGAGCACUCCACUUACGCCAGGAGGAAACUAGACCGGCUGCACGAGAGGCACAGCAACAAGACGCAAGCGCUGGCCGCGUUGCGCGCCUCGCUGAAGCCCGAGUCACCAGCCCUGACGAUGCUGGCCAACGAAGUGGAGAAGCUGGCCGGAGAGCAGAUGCGCCUCGAGGCCCACUUGGCUCGGACCGACACCUGGGCGGAGCAUCUGGGCAGCUGGAGGGCCACGGUGCACAGCGCUGAGUUGCUGGACGAGUCCAAGCCCCCGCAGUUCGUGGUGGUGGUGCACAUGGCGCAGAGCGAGGCCGAGGAGGAGAAGCCGCAGCACAUCUGCUCGGGGUGGGUGCUGCUGAAGACGCUCGCCGAGUUCCAGGAACUGCAUCGCAAGCUGAGGCCCAUGUGUUCGGAGCUUAAGAACCUCGAGUUGCCUUCGAAUUCCUUUAAAUUUAUUUUUGGGAAAAACGACAAAAACUCGCUGGAGAAAGCCAAACUUUUGAUACAAAAAUAUUUAGAGUUCAUCCUGGAAGACGAUAGAUUGAAUCAGUCCGAAGCCGUGUACAGCUUCCUCAACCCGAGCUCUGAGCACCUGAAGCGGGUCGACCUUCCCAAGAAAAACAAGUUCUCCUUCUCGACAUUAUUCAAAAGCAGCAGCGCCGAGGCGCCCAGUCGCUCCUCCUGCGAGAGGGAAGCGUUCCCGGCGUCGGCCGACGAGGAGGACAUCUCCUCGUACUUGGACGGGAACGGGGAGACUUCCCGGCACCAGACGAACGGAUCCGCGAGAGCGGGGCCGGGGGGCGAGGAGCGGGACGGCGUGGCCGAGCCCCUGUAUGCCCUGCUGAGCGAAGUGUUCGACGCGAGAGGAGUCUUCAAGUGGCUCCGGAAGACCCUCGUCUCCUUCGUGCAGAUCACCUACGGGCGGACCAUCAACAGGCAAAUCAAGGAGACGAUCUCGUGGUUGUUUUCGGAGCAAAUGCUGCACUACUACAUCAGCGCGGCGCUCAAGUCCUGGUGGCCGGGAGGCGAGCUCUCGGAGACCAGCACCAACAGGAAUGUCAUGGACAAAGGUAAACUUGGAGUACUAUUUAUUUGUCACUUUUAUCGCUUUUGCGGUUUUUUGAAUGGCGUUUCGCGACCCCGCACAGAGCACAGCCGCACCGUGGCCCUGCAGCUGCUGAGCGAGAGCGUCGUGAGCGGGCUCUCCUCUCUCGUGGGCGCCCACGCGGCGGCCAGGGGAGCCCAUCGCCUCUUCUUGGUGUUGCAGGAUGCCACGCACAACAGGCAGCUCUUUUACGAGCUCUUCGAGCUGGGGCUUCUCGAGGUGUUCCCCGAGCUGAAGCGUUACCACACUACCUCCUCGGUCGAAGCCAAAGCGUUCCGACAAUAAACGAAGAACGACAAUGAGUGAAGGCGAGCCGAAAUCAUUUGCGUCAUCACGAUCACGAUCGAUCUCAUCUCGUGGCUUCGAACAUUUUAUGUUAAUUUUAUAUAGUUUUUUUUUUCGAAACAUUCCAUAGAUGUAGUGGGAGAUAGAGGCUGUAGUCUGUAUAUCUCUUGAUGUAGCCUCAUCACUAUACGAGUGAUAUACGUUAGAUCUGUAUGUACUAGUUUCUCAUUGAUUUGUAAUUCAACCCUCGACGUGUACCUACCUGACUGUUAUUUUAUAUUUAUUGUAAGCAUUAAGACGAUGCAAAAUUCGGGAUCAAGUUUGUUUUCUUUGUAGUGCAAACGUUCGUGGAUUUGCACUAGACUUGCUAUAUUUUUGUAUGACGACUGUUUAUUUUACUACAUGUAUUCUUGUAUACUAUUGUAAAUAAUCGUAUUAUGUAUACCUCAUUACUUUAAGGUGGUAAAUGGCCUAGUCGACAAUAUUUUCCACUAUUUAUUUUGAAAAUGUAAAUCAUUUUUGUUUUAUCUCGUGUGACGAGUCGUGGCCUCCGAAACGAGUGACUGUGAAAAAAGGACGUUUAAAACUGAUUUAGUUUUUAUGAAUAAGAUCUGAGUAUUUAAACGAGAUUUUAUAGGUAUUUUUUUAAAUAUCAACUUAGACAGUCUUUACUAAUAUUUGAAAGCGUCCAGUCUAAUAAUUCACGUUUGGCAGACAUGUUUUAUGAAAAGGUUAUGGUAAUGUUGAUUAAAUUAUUAAUUUUGACAAAUAAAAUGACGCAGUGUCAGCCGUGUCACUUGAAGGCCUCGCUAUAAAUAUAGAAGCACAAUGCUAUUUGUAAUGUACGUUAAGUGUUUAUACAGGGUUGGCACGAGAGUCUUCGAGUCGAAGGUGCUUUUGUUUAGAGAAGAACUAAAAAGUAAUAUAUUGAGAACAUUCGCGAAAGUCUUCGGGAUCUCGACGACUCUAGUACUCACCCUAAUGCUUUAAGUAAUUACUAAAUUUGGACGACCUGGGGCUAUAUUAACCGUUGAAGUUAUUUAGGUGUAUGAGACAUGUUCAUUGUCCGUGUCUGUCUGUAACAUAGAAUGUUCAAUAAAAAUGUCUUGAAAA